AUGGAUUCACCACUCAGCCCAUCACAUCCAUGGGCUGUGGAUGACAACUCCGCCAACACUCACUACACCACCGCAGAAGAGCCAACCAUCAAGCCAGAAGUUCUCUCCACACCCACCAAAGACCAAAAGUCUAGCAGCCUCCUCUACUACCGCCCAGAGACACGACCACGUCCAAGUAAGAAGGUCAAAGGCGGCAAAGGCCGUUCUCUGGGCAACCUCUCAUCGAAGCCGAUCAAAGAGCUCCGCGCUCAGGCCGAGAAUGGCGAUAUCGAGGCCGCCAUCAAGCUUGGCUGGGGUGUCGACCGCAUCACAGAGCUCUACAACCGCCAGAAGGCAGCCCGCGGCAUCGAAGUCUACGAAGGCCAGGAGAUUGACGAUCCAGCUCUUCUUGCCCGCAUUGCGCAGCGUAACCGUCAUGCCAAGGAAGCACAGCGGCGUCGCAGCGACAAGCUGAAGAUUCAAGCAUAUGCGGGUGACCUUGAUGCGGCGAAGAAGCUGGGCUUCAGCAAGCGCAAGCUGGCGGAGCUGUUUCCGGAGCUGUAUCCAGGUGAGGUGGUUGAGCCAGAGCAGUCGAAGAAGGAGAUUCAGGCUGCUAUCAAGCUUGGCUUCAGCAAUGAGAAGAUGCGGCAGUUGUUUCCGCACCAUCGCGACCGCGAGGCAAGUGUCUUCAGUGGUCGUUUCCGCUCAGCCACACCAGCGAGUCGCCAUGACUUCAGCAGGGAGCAGAGCAUACCCUUCCAUGGUCAUCCUCCAGCUCAGCUCGGUGGAGGCUGGAACUUGUGGCAAUCGGCGGUCAACGUCUUUGGUCAGCAUGGCCCACCAACGUAUCCGGUGCCAUCAAACGACUUCGCUCUCGAGAUGAUGCUGCAGCACGAGCUCAAUCAGGCCAAACAGGACAUCAUGACGGCCACCACGCGCUUCAAUGCCGUAGAGCAGCAGCUCGACCGUCUGCGUAUGCUCAAGGCAACUUCAGUGGCCGAGCAGACUCCUCGUGCUGGACAGUCUCACGCUGGCGUGCAGAAUCGAAUUGUUCGGCUGAAGUACCAGGGCAAUCCCAGCGACAUCCCAACAUCGAAGGUGGCUACUGACAGUCCUGGUGGUAAGAGCGCCGACUCAGCUAUCGAGGUUGACUGA